AUGGGGUUCAGCGUCAAGGAUGUGUUUGCUCGCUCUCCCUUGGCGCAGUAUGGCAAGACCGUCAGGACAGCACCACGCGAGAUGAUUUUCAACAGGCGGAUGAUCUUGACGGCGAUGCUGUACGCCACAUGCGCUGUACCAUUGAGUAAGUGCCCUUAUUACUUUGGCAUCGACUCUGGGAACAACGCAAGCGCUAUCAAGAACUUCGUGUCGUUGCCUUUUCUGGGAUCAGCUGCUGGCGCCGCCCUAUCGUUUCUCCUCAACGACAAGCUCGGUCGGUUGUGGUCAUUUCGAGUCUACGUCUUUGUCUACACCAUCGGCCAAAUGAUUGCAGUCGCAGCCCCAAAUACUGCGGCUCUAUACGCAGCUCGCGUGGUAACAGGACUCGGGAUUGGAGCCUUGACGGUUACAGGACCUAUGUCUCUUGCUGAGAUCGCACCAGCUGAAAUCAGGGGCAUAAUCUGCGCAUGGUUCCCGGUCGCCAUGGGCCUGGCUCACUUCUGCGCCGUCUUUAGUGUCUACGGCAUCACGCUGCAUGUCGCGCCCAGUCGAUUGCAAUAUCAGAUCAACUUCUUCGUACCAUGUAUCUACCUUGCGUUGUGGGUCAUCGCUAGCUUCUUCCUCUGCGAAUCGCCCCGCUGGCUAUUCUUGACAGAUAAGCCAGACCAGGCUGUGAGGGUCUUGUACGAGUUGCGCGGUCUACCAAUGGAUAGCCCACGGCUUCAUUGGGAGUUAGAAGAGACUCGGCACUCCAUGCAGCAAGAGGCGAGUACGGGACACAGCUAUGCAUCCGUCAUCCGCGAGACCUUCACGAAGAAAUCGAACCUCCGCCGCGUCCAACAGGUCCUGAUCUGCUACGCCCUCCCGCAAAUCUCCGGCGCCAAUACCAUCAGCUCGUACUUCAUCCCGAUUCUCGAAAUCAUCGGCGUGUCCGGGAGUGGCACGCACAAGAUCUUCCUCACGGGGAUGUACACCAUGGCGAGGUUCUUCUUCGCGUUGAUCACGUCGUUUUUCUUGAUCGACGCCCUGGGCCGGAGGAAGUCGUUGUUCUUGGGAAUCACACUGCAAAUGAUUGGCGAUAUCUACAUUGGCGCGUAUUUGAAGGUUGGCCAUUCGGAGGACUCGGCUUCGAGCCAGGCGGCGAUUGCGAUGAUCUUUAUUCAUUCGUUUGGGUACUCUGCUGGUCUUCUCACUCUCCCCUAUGUCUUCGGCGGCGAACUCUGGCCUAAUGGCAUCCGCUCCUUUGGCGCCGCCUUCGGCCAGACCUUCCACUGGCUCUUCAGCUACGCUAUGAACUAUGCUCUGCCCUCCCUGCUCGACGCCACGAACAACUGGGGCGCCUUCAUCUUCUUCGCGAGCUGGUGCUUCACGGCUAUGUUUUAUGUCUUCUUCGUCGUGCCGGAGAUUGCGGGACUGUCGGUCGAGGAGAUUGAGCAGGUGUUUCGCGGGCCGUGGUUUACGGCUUGGAGGUCGACGAAGCAUCCGAAGGAGGUUUUGGCGGUGGACUUGGAGGGGGAGGAGGUGGGUAGAAAGGGGUGA